GCAAAAUCGGACAUUCGCUUGGGCUGAAUUCAUGAGAUUGCCAUGACCAUCCGUGCAAGAGCUGGUGCUCGGGUCAAGGAGUGCUCUGGGGAAUUCGAGGUUGCCAACUUUCCCGUUACUUGUGCCACGACCAAGACGGUGUCUGAGGGCAAGCAGGAUUGCAGAGAAAUUGUAUCUGGGCCGAUUCUAGUUGCCAAACAGUACACCUUUGGCAUUGCAGUGGCAUGGUCAGUCAAGCCAGAUGGUACUGUGGAGGAGAGCAAGAACCUGGGUGUCCAUGUGAAGCGUUUGGAUGACAAUCCAGAGGAGUGCAACAUUUCCCUGGAAAUCACCAUCCUGAAUCGGCUCAAGAACUUUCACAUGACUCUGUGUGAUCCUACAUAUCAUGGGAUUUCGAGUCAAAAGGCCCGGGGAUGGUCACGAUCCUUCGACAUGCCUGAUAGUCGGCGCCAUGAUGGUGUCAAGGGCUUACCUUUGUCCGACGUCUUUGACCACCAGGCAGGCUGGCUUCAUAAUGGGCCUUUACGAGUGGUGGCCAAGCUGUCUGUUGUAGUCAGCUUCGACUCUGGGGUUGUAUCUUCCAACGAGGCAAGCGGUCAGCAAGAAGUUUGCCAGUCGCUUCAGGCUUUGCUACAAAGUGGAUCCAUGGCAGAUGUUGCACUCAAGGUUGGCAGUGAAGAAAUCCAAGCUCAUUCAAUUAUUCUUGGCGCUCGAUCUCCUGUCUUUGAACGCAUGUUUUCUUGUCCAAUGAAAGAGAAGAAGGACAAGGAAGUUCACAUACAGGAUUUAGAGGCUGCUCCAGUCAAAGCAUUAGUGAAAUAUCUCUACACUGGAGUCGUGGAUCAGACCUCACUGGACAACGACAAUCUUGCACUAAGUCUACUUGAGGCUGCUCACCGCUACGAAGUGCCUGGUCUGGUUGAGCGCUGUGUCCAGGUGAUUGUCACGCGCUUCAAAGUGGAGACCGUGGCUGAACGUUUGGAGAUGGCAGAUAUGAUUGGAAGCAAGUAUUUCAAGGCUCAAUGCUUGGAAUAUAUCCAGGCACAUUUGGUAGACGUUCAGGCAACCGAUGAUUUCAUCUACUUCCUGCUGAAGAUCCUCCAAUGUCUCGCAACCAGCAGCUGCCUUGGCUUGAAUGGGCCCAUCAAACUCGUUUGGUGGGUCUGCGGCUUCAGUCUUGGGACCACUGAGCAGCACCAGGCGAAAUCGCAUGCCACUGCAUGCAGACACCUCCAGCUGGGCCUACACACGCUUAGUGGAGCGCCGUCCGGCUUUGCUGCGAGACAUCAUUGAGGUAGUGGCACCACCUUCAAAGAAGCAGCGGCGCUUGAAGGGCGGUGCUUCCAAGUGAAGAGCUGCUUUUCUAUGUUAUCAUUUCUCAUCAAAGAAAAGCUUUCUGAGCACCUUGUCUCUUUAGCUUCCUCACAAUCUGUGUCGCCUUGGCACCUGGUCAGAUCCAAGAAGAGAGCCUAAUUUUGGCAGUCCAUUGAAGGCACAUUAGCUUCUAGUUUUGCCUGUAGCUAUUUAUUUCCUUUUCUAAAAUGCCUGUUCCAUAAAUACCCUGUGUCAAGCCCAAUUUCCGGUCAUAGUGGACAUAGCCAAU